AACUUCACCUUUCUACAAAUUGUUAGACGUUUCAAAGGUAUAAGAUGUCUAAAGAUAUUUGCAUGCUGGAUUAUUACCUCGUGCUACUCCGAGGCUGGGAUUUAAUGUUUAGGGAGCGUACUCCAUCACCAACUUGUUAAUUUAAAUAUAAUUAAAGAACGAGGUGGGAUGGUUGCUGGUUAGAUCAUUAAAAAAAUAAAAAAACAGAAUAAAAGAUGCUUAAAACAACUGUCUGGUAGAAGAGAUUCCUUUUCAUCCUCAUCCCACAAUUUCCUCGAUAUCUUUUUCCCGCUAAAAUCAGACUUCAUGGUGGAAACAGGUCCAUUUUACAUCUUCUGGGAGGGUGGGGGAGAAGCUAGGAAAAAAUAGGAUAUUGCCUUUCUCUUAUUAACCAUAUUUUUUAAAAGUUCAAAUGUAAAUUUUCUUCUAAAGUUGAACGUUUUACCUCCAGAAGAUCUCAAACCGUUGUUUUCUGUAUGGCUUUUAAAACAACAACAACAACAACAAAAGUGUUAAUUUUUCGGGAGUAAAUUCGAAGCUAGUUACUCAUUGUCUGAUUUGAUUCUGCCCAGCUAGGUUCUGGUAACUUUUAGUUGACCCCAGCCAAACAAAGGCAGGGCAGAUCUAUUGUGCGUCAAUAUCGCCCCUCUGGUUCGAUGCCGCCUUCUGAUUUCUUACCCCCACCCCCCACCCUCUGAGUUUUGCCCGCAGCUUGCUUCGGUCCUUUGCAUCCUCCUCUGCCUGCACGCAACCCUUUCCCCACGUGGGCUGAAAAGUAACCCACUAACGUUGGCGCGGGAUUGCCAAAAAUUAGACGGAGAAGGACAGCAAAGGUUAAACAAAAAAGUCAGCAGAGACAAAAGCCUUUGAUUUACCUGGGGGAGGGGGGCAGAUGUUGUGUGUGGGGAGGGGGGGUUGAAGGGGGUGUUCACUGUGCACCCUCGCUUGGUGAAGCGUGUUUGAUCGUGUUCGCGUCUCCUUGGGAAGGGGAGGGGCUCAGCCCGCGUGUUGGGUCCCCUUGAUCCCCCCCGUGUUAUUAUUUAGUGAAAUUGGUGGAAAUUAUCAGGUGCGCGCACAAAUCCGGUGAUCAACCACGCCGCGCCCCGAUUGGCCCAGCCGGUCACGUGGGGGCCUAACUUUAUUCAGUUGACAGCAAGUAGGAGGGCUCUGUGCAAGGAGAGAAAAAAAGACAACACGAGAAAAAAAAAUUAGUAUUUUCCACCUUCCCGAAAUUAAUGGCCAUGAGUUCCUACAUGGUCAACUCGAAGUAUGUGGACCCCAAAUUCCCUCCUUGCGAGGAGUAUCUGCAGAGCAGCUACCUCGGCGAGCAGAGCGCGGACUACUACGGGGCUGCUGCGCCAGGUUCGGACUUCCCGCACCAGGGGCUCUACCCGCGGGCCAACUACAGCGAGCAGACUUUCGGCUGCGGGGAGGCCCCGGACUCUGCGGUGCAGCCGCGGGGUCACGGGCAGGAGCCCACCGGGCCAGCGAGCCACUUCCCCGGGCAAGCGGACCACUGCCCCCCGCCUCCCCUGCCCGCCAGCAGAGCUUGCAACCAACAGCCGCAUCUCAAAAGCCCCAACGGGGCGGCGGCGGCGGCGCUGAAACAGCCGGCGGUGGUCUAUCCCUGGAUGAAGAAAGUCCACGUUAACUCGGUGAAUCCCAAUUACAGCGGCGUCGGGGAGCCGAAGCGGUCCAGAACAGCUUAUACGAGGCAGCAGGUCUUGGAACUGGAGAAGGAAUUCCACUUCAACCGAUACCUCACCAGGCGCCGCCGGAUCGAAAUCGCCCACACGCUAUGCCUCUCCGAGCGCCAGAUCAAGAUCUGGUUCCAGAACCGGAGGAUGAAGUGGAAGAAAGACCACAAGCUGCCCAACACCAAGGGCCGCUCCACGGGGACUUCCACCACCUCCUCCAGCCAGCGUUUACAGACCAUCUCGAAGGAGCACCAGACGGACUUGAUCGCUUUAUAGGAGACCCGCAAAGAGGCCCGGUUGGAUUCGGAGCGGAACUAUUCUGAACAGACGACCCCAGACACGUUUUCUGUCUCAAACACGCACCCAAGGACGCCCAGGCCGGCCCAGCCGAAAUCUGCAGAUACCAGCUAAAGACUCCCAGAGUGGCCGGGUUCAGGUUUUUGGAGACGGUGCCACUGUGGACUUCAUAGGGACUGAACAGCACUACAUCCAUUCAAACAAAGUGCGCGUCCAGCUGGUGAGGAAUCGAUAGAGAUAUAUAAAAGGGAAAUAUUUUAAUAAGACUUUUCCUGCAGGCACGAACAGGGCGCCCCAAACCCUUCGCCUCCUGUCUGGAACCCGGAGGGGAAGGUAUUCAGGCGCUGGAUUCUCUGGGUUUAGGGCGCUGUUUUCUUUUGCGUACCCUCCCCACCACCCACCCCUUCUGGGUUGGGCGUUUGGUUGGGUGAGUCCAAACCCAAAUCUGAGCCGAAGAGCGCGAGCUCUUUCCCUCCCCCACCCUCUCCUGCUGCUUGAUCAUUAAAAAAGCCCCUCCCCUCAAUAUCUUGGAAAUAUUUUAAAAAACAUGAAAGGAAAACGGGUUAUUUUUUUAACAUGGUUGUUAGUGUAUUUAUUUAUUGGUUGGCUAGCAAGCGGGGAAAGGAAGGAAGCAGACAGUCGAACCAAAAAGAAUGGAAAAGGGUCUUCCCUUCCCCCUCCGUGUUGCUGAGAUUGUGAAUAAUAAUGAUGAUAAUAAUAAUAGAGAACUUUCUCUCCAGUUUUCGGAUUGUGUAAAUAUGGAAAUGCUUUCUAGAUCUUAACUGAGGGUGAGAAAGAGCUUUGAUUCGUAUUUUGAGCCAAGAUCUUCUAAUGAAUCUACCCCCCCCCCCCAGAAAGAAUUGAGUAAAGAAAAAGAAGACAAAAAUCAAACGAUUAUUCUAAGGGAUUUUGUGGCAUCCAGGAAGUGUAUUUCCUGUUCUAUCACACUGUGGUUUCUUGUUCUUUCCCGACCUAUUCGAUUUUAAAUUUCUCUCUCUCUCUCUCUCUCUCUCUCUCUCUCUCUCUCUCUCUCUCUCUCUUUCUUUCUUUCUUUCUUUCUUUCUUUCUUUCUUUCUUUCUUUCUUUCUUUCUUUCUUUCUUUCCUUUGUGGACUGCAUAUAUUGCGGGCUGCGUGUUUCAUUUGACCCAGACCAAUAAACCCAGAACGGAGGAGGUUGGUCAUUAGUUUUGUUUUCCAAGUGAUUUCAAAGGAAAUGCUUACGGAAGGGGAAACUCUGUCUGGAAGUCAGACCUUGACUUAAAGCCCGGAGCAUCUUGCGGUGUGGUGGGCGUUUUGAGAGCUACCACCAGCUUUCUCGGCAAUGCAAAGUUCGCAUAAACCAGAACCAAAGCAGUAGCCCCUUUCUUUUAGGAUAGGAAGGAAGCUGUGUGUGUGUGUGUGUGUGUGUGUGUGUGUGUGUGUGUGUGUGUGUGUGUGUGUGUGUGUGUGUGUGUGUGUGUGUGUGUGUGUGUGUAUGCAUGCAUAUACACAGAAGAGCUUGUGGUCACUGGGGAAAAAGCAGAGGGGUUUGUCCUUUGGCUUGGAUAUCGUUGCCCAGAAGUAAACCACAGCGGACUUUAGCCGACCGGCUCCGAGGUAUGCGCGCUCUUUCGGAUCCAGGGGAAAUGGGGCUGUCUGCGGGGGUCCUUCAAAAUGCCCCAAUAACAUCUUCAAAUUCCUUCUCGAGUGCCCGGAAAGUCUCUGGACUUUUCUUGCUUGAGAAAGGAAGGGGCAGAGGAAAAGAAGGAGAAGGGGGCAGAGACCACCAUGGCAAGGCUACAUCGAAAGAACAUCGAAGAGCUCUGCCAGAGCUAAGCAUUUAUUAUUCCGGAGCCGCGUUGCCUCCGCUUAAAGCGUGAUCCAGGUUAGGCUAGUUCUUAUGGAUGUCUGUGCCAACCGCUAACCCUCCAAUUGGAUCCAGGCCUUUCGGAUCUGGAUCCCAGAAGCUCUUUUGUCUGCCGGGUCCUGGAUCCCUUCUCCCUUUGUUCUAUUUGGAGAGUUCGGCCUGGCCCCGGGGCUUCCCUUGAAUAUCUGCCCGUCGGGAUAUUAAAGAUGGAUAUUCCGGCAUUAUUUGUGUCAUUGUGUGGAUGACAAAAAGCACCGAGUCCAGGCACAGUGAAGAUGUCUUCUUCUCUGACGCCUUCACGUUGAGAAGCUGAAAAGGUGGGUUUUUUUUUUUUUAAAAGGAACUGAACCUCGGUUAAAUUGUAGAAACAGGUUCAUCCGGGGGACAAAUUUUCUGUUCCAUUAGUCGUAUUUCAGCUGGGAGGAUGACCUCUAAACCCUUAACCUUUGGACUCCCCCGGUCCUUUUCCUUUUCUCCAGAACAGAAAAGCAGCCUCUGGGCAACCCCUGGUUCGAAAUUUCAGAGCUGCUUUUUGAAAUCUUGAUUUCAAAAGCUAAACUCUGGCCUUGGAUGUAAAGGCUGCUCUCAGAAAAAAAUAAAUAGAUUUUUUUAUUAAAAAAAACACACCCUUUGGUCUCUCUAAAAGUUCUACAUUUCUGGGCUUAAGGAAAGGGAGAUUGGUAUUGUUGACUGAAGGCCUGUGAUGAGUUGUUUGUACCCCUCAACAACAUGUUACCAACAAUCCCACCUUCCUCAACCCUCAGUCUAAAGCCAUACUGACUCAGAAGCAAAUCCCCACAGGUUGAAGCGGCAACCCUAUGCCAGUCUGGAAGGGAGUCCCAUUGAACAAAGUGGGAUUUGCUUCAGAGAAAACAGGUAUAGGAUUGCAUUGUUAGUAAGUGUGUUAAGGACUGCAGUAAUAUCCUGCACAGUAUUGGGAGGGGGAGGAGGCAGGAGAAAAUGGAGGCGGGUGAGGGGAAGGGAGAGAAAUCUGGCAUUUGCUCUAUCCUAAAGACACUUACUGAGAAGUUAUGUCUCCUUGAUUUCAAUAGAACUGAAUGAAAUCACCCCACUCACAUUUACUCAAAAGCAAUUCCCACUUAUUCCACUGGGAUUGUGACCCUAGUAUGUCUGGACCCAAUUGUGGACAUAGGGUUGGUUGGGAAGACCAAAUGCUGCUAAAGGAGGAAACAAACCCGGUUGAACACAGUAAGAUUUACUUGAAAGUAAUCCUAGUUUGGAAGGGGACAGCCAACAGGACAAAUUCGACUUCGCAGUGUAACCCAUCCAUCCCCAGCCUAAAAUGGAGUGAGCUACAGAAGUGUGAAGACAACAGAACUGACCCAAAGUUCUUUUGUAAUGUUAAUGGCCUCUGGACAAAUGUGGUUUAUCCCCCUGGUUUCAGAGCCUUACAAGUCAUGCAGGAGGAGGGAAAGGAAGUCCCUUUGAGCUCCCUUUUUGAAGUCUUAUAUCUUGGUUGUUGCUACCUUUAGUCAGUCUCUGAAAGAUGAUGGUAGAAGUGACCGAGUAUCAAAGAGAUUUCCCCUUUGAGGGGGUUGGGAGUGAACAUUUGGCCAAGGAUGAGUUUUAAAAAGGAAGACACCAUUCAUUUCCUAUCAUCUCGCUUUGGCUGGGGAGGGGAUGAAGAUGAUGGGUGGGGUGGGGGUCAUAAUGACGAAGAAGCCUGCUUUGAACGAUGGGUGAGAGAGAAUCCUUGAAGAAGUUUAUAUUGUUUUUUUUCCCCCUGGGUACCAAGUUGUAUACCACAACCUUUGCGAUAAAGCUGCAUUGUGGCAGUUCUCUGUUGUUAACUGUGGGAUGUUUUCUAGACUUUGCCAAAAUUUUUGUUCUGCUGCCUCUGAUUAAAAUGUUAUUUAUACAAA